UUUGGCCAGAGCACGUGGAGGGAGGUCCGUUACGCCAAGGCAUUACAAAACUUCACGGCCACUCCGGCAUUCACAGACUUGAAAGUAAACGACGAGUUGUGUCGGUUUUUAAAAGGUAAAGACUACGUGUUAGGCACUGAGAAGGUCAUGGCCGGACUAUCAAACGCAUUGUUAGAACAGCGAGAACUCGUUCGUGCAGGACUACAAGAAGUGAUCGAUUGGGCCUUUAAAGGCCCACAAGAACUCAACCCAGAAGCAGUUUUUAAAAGACUCACAGAAAAGUUUGGAAGUGGGUCGGCUUACGAAAAGUGUGUUGAGGAUACCUUAAAGGUAAUAUGUGGUAAACGCUCCGAAUGUAUCGAGACCAGAAGGGAGAAGAUCCUGCAAGAGAUUCAAGAUAGAAACAUACAGAGAGCGAUGAGGAACAUUCCUCCUACGGAAGAACACUUAUUCGACAAGAAGGGCUUCUCUCAAUUAGUUCAUUCCCUGGGCGGACCAGCAGCAUGGCUGAACACACCAGCCGCGCAAAGGAGAGCCCCGUUGAAGCGCAAGGCUACAGAGACCCAGAACUAUUCCCACAAGAAACAAAGAAAAUUUUUUCGCAAGGACGGAGACGAAAAGGGAAAGGGAAAAGGAAAGAAGUCCAACUUUCGUGGCAAACAAACCGGCCACGUUAACAUUAAAGAGGAGAAAUGACUAUCCAGGGUUCAGAGGGGGAUGCCUAGCGGAUUUCCAAGAGAGAUGGAAGGAGCUUGGGGCCAACAGUUUCAUAAUGAGGGCAAUAACAGCUUCCCGCAUCCCCUUUUUUCGAAAGCCCCCAUUAACUUUCCCAACAACAACUAUUUUAAACCGGUUUGCUACAAACCCAUCUCGACAGAUGUCAGAGGAAAUAAGAAAGCUGAAGAGUUCGGGCGUUUUGAGAGCUUGCACCGAGCUUGGCCCAUGUUUCCUGUCGAAAAUGUUUCUGGUGAAGAAGAGCGAUGGGGGUGUGAGACCCAUCUUCGACCUAAGGGGUCUAAACAGGAGAGACGCCCACCGCAUAUUGGACAUUCCGGGCCGGGCGCUAAAAGCGAUACAAUGGUGGCUCGGGGCCAUCCACCAGGCAACAGCACCCAUGCACCUACCGCCAGUGCAACACUUCCUCUCUACGGAUGCGUCAGGAAUUGGAUGGGGUGCACAUGUGGACAGAUUGACCUUAGCAGGAACAUGGAACAGGAACCAAAGGACAUGGAACAGCAACAAGAAAGAGAUGUUCGCAGUAGUAUCAGCAAUAAGGGCGCAAGGUCGAACACUGAGAAAUUCCCAUGUACUACUGCAGACAGACAACAGGACGUUGGUUGCAUAUAUCCGAAAAGAAGGCGGGACAAGAUCAAUAGGGCUAUUGAACCUGACCUUUCAUCUGCUCACCUUGGUGGACCAGUGGAAAAUAACAUUGUCUGCACAGUUCCUGCCGGGCAGAUACAACACGAUUGCAGACCGACUGUCGCGGAGACAGUCGCUCCCAGAAUGGCACCUGCUUCCAGCGGCCACUUCAGUAGCAUUCAAUCUCUGGGGGACACCCGACAUCGACCUCUUCGCGUCAAGAAGAUCGGCAGUCGUCCCAAGGUACGUCUGCCUAGACCCGGCAGAUCGUGGAGCAAGUUUUAUAGACGCAUUCAGUCGGAACUGGGAUUACACCCUAGCAUGGCUAUUUCCCCCGCCAAAUUUGAUACCUCGAGUACUAACACACCUAAACAAUGCUCGGGGCACAUACUUAUUGGUGACGCCAAAUUGGACUCAGCCAUUCUGGAUGGCAGACUUGAAGUCACGAGCGAUAGAGGGCCCUCUAGAGAUACAGAAAUUGCAGAGGGUACUGAUAGACCUAACAACCGGCCGAACCCCGCCAAGGGUGGAGAAAUUAGAACUUCAGAUUUGGAAGGUUGGGGGUGGGGCCACAAACUAGCAACCUGGUCUAAGGAAGAAAAGGAGUUGCUGAGGAGAGGAUGGAGAAGAUCAACCAUUCAAACUUAUAUGCCUGCCAUUAGGCGAUGGAGGAAGUGGUGUGAUGAGAACAGGGUUAACUGCAGAUCGCCAAGUGCAGAAGAAGUAGCACAGUUCUUAGCCAAGACCUACACUGCGGAGAAUCUCUCUUACAACUCCAUGUUACUUCAGAAGUCAGCAAUUUCCACAUACUGCGGACAAGCAACAGAAGUUUUCUCCAGUUUUUUAGUGAGGACUGCACUUAGGGCUAUCCAAAAUUCAAGGCCUAUUCCACACAAGCCCCCAAUUUGGGAUUGUAGAAGAGUAUUAGAUUGGCUUAGCAAUACUCCAGCUGAAGAGACCAUAUUUGAAGCCGCACGAAGGUCAGCCACCUUAUUACUUUUGGCUUCAGGUCGCAGAAUCCACGACUUAACAUUACUCAAAGUAUCCGAGACUCAGUAUAGGGAUCUAGGUGAUGUUAUACAAAUCUGGCCCUCUUUUGGAUCCAAGACGGACAGGGGUCAGAGGCGACAGUCAGGUUGGGAGCUACGGCGCCAUAUUUCUGAAGGUAUAUGCCCAGUAACUUGGCUCCGUAGAUAUGUAGAAAUGAGCCAGGAGAGAAGGAGUGCGAGCCUUAGCAAUUUAUUUGUUAGCAUCCGAGGUAGAGAACGACCCGCAUCUCGGACUUUGAUAGGAGGCUGGGUACGAUCAGUACUGAAGGACGCAGGUAUAGAUGCUCCUCCAGGCAGCUGCCGUUCAGCAGUUGCAUCUUUGGGUUGGCUACAGGAGCGACCAAUAGAGGAAAUUUUACAGAGAGGGAAUUGGCAAAGUGAGAACACCUUUGCUAAGUUUUACUGUCGAGAGAUAAAAGAAGCACAGGAACGCGACAUUUCUAGAAUUAACCUGUUUGAAAAUUUUUCUGACAUUUAAUUCAAAAUUAUUUUUAGUUGAUUGUUUGCAUAUUUUGAUAUUAAUGUUGGACAGGGUUGUCUGUUAUGUUAUGACAUGCCUUUAAUUCAAAUUAAGGUAAAAUUUUAAUCAAUAUUUCUAAUAGCUUCAGUGCGGUGCAAUAAGUUAACUCACAUUUAACUUUGAUUGUACAAGUUCAGUACUAGUUGGGCCGCUCUGAGGAUAUGGGGCCACUCAGUGGCAUGCCAGCGCUAGCUGUGAUCAUUAGUAUUUAUUAUUGUUGUUGCAAUAAGGAUCGAUUGAAAAUCGAACAGACUCUAUAUCAGCUAAGUUGAUCUCUAUUCUCUAUGAGAGAUAAAGACUGUUUUAGAAGUAGAUAGGCAUUUAAGUUCCUAUGAAGGCUGUUAUAGAUUAAAGUAUAUGUUUAAGUUAUCAUGAGAAGGAGACUCAUGUUUUAAGUUUGUUUUGUGUUGUAUUUUAAAUACUUCUUAAUAAAGAAUUAACCUU